AUGUCCGCCAUCGCCAAGUCUUUCCUCGGCUCCUCCCUGAAGGUCUCGGCCGUGCAGGGCAAGGGCUCCCGUCAGGUGACCCGUGCCGCGGCCGAGUUCUACGGCCCGGACCGCGUCAAGUGGCUCGGCCCCUUCUCGGAGAACAACACGCCGGACUACCUCACCGGCGAGUUCCCGGGCGACUACGGCUGGGACACGGCCGGUCUCUCGGCGGACCCCGAGACGUUCGCGCGCUACCGCGAGGCCGAGCUCAUCCACGCGCGCUGGGCCAUGCUCGGCGCGCUCGGCUGCCUGACCCCGGAGCUGCUCGCCCAGAACGGCACCAAGUUCGGCGAGGCCGUGUGGUUCAAGGCCGGCGCGCAGAUCUUCCAGGAGGGCGGUCUCGACUAUCUCGGCAACCCCUCGCUCAUCCACGCGCAGUCGAUCGUCGCGAUCCUGAUCUGCCAGGUCGUGCUCAUGGGCCUGGUCGAGGGCUACCGCGUCAACGGCGGCCCGGCCGGCGAGGGCCUCGACGCCCUGCACCCGGGCGGCGCCUUCGACCCUCUGGGCCUGGCUGACGACCCGGACACGUUCGCGGAGCUCAAGGUCAAGGAGAUCAAGAACGGCCGCCUGGCCAUGUUCUCGAUGUUCGGCUUCUUCGUGCAGGCCAUCGUGACCGGCAAGGGCCCGCUCGAGAACCUGAACGACCACCUGGCGGACCCCACCGUCAACAACGGCUUCGCCGUUGCCACCAAGUUCGUGCCCUCGGCCUAA